CUAGUUAAACCACUGUCCGACAAGUUCUCACGAUUUUCUCUUUUUCCUUUCUCCGUGGUUGAUUUUCUCUAUAUUGAUUACCCUGCUCUCCAAGAUCGCUAAAGCCGACCAUGGCUUUUUCUUCUUCUUCGAAUUCAUCGAAGAAUCUACUUCCAGUAGUCUCCGAUGGUACUACAUCAAAAGGUGGAGUUGAUGAGAGUCUUUUCAAAGGUUCCGCCAUGACUAAACGUGGAGCUUAUGCUGCGAUCUCUUACAUGGGUUGUGCAGUACUUUUGGUCAUGUUUAACAAAGCUGCUCUCUCUUCAUAUGGUUUUCCAUUUGCAAACGUUAUCACUCUCUUUCAGAUGAUAUGCUCAUGUUCAUUUCUUUAUGCGAUGAGGCGUUGGAAGAUUAUUUCAUUCACAGUUGGUGAACCUUUAUCAGAAAACACUGGGAGUCUAGUGCCAUAUAAGACGCUGGUUCAUACACUGCCUCUUGCGCUUUCAUAUCUUCUCUACAUGCUGGUCACAAUGGAAUCUGUGCGUGGAGUAAAUGUUCCAAUGUACACUACCCUUAGGCGGACCACUGUGGUAUUUACAAUGGUUGUUGAGUAUUUUCUGACAGCACAGAAAUAUUCCUCCUCCGUUAUGUCCAGUGUGGCGUUGAUCGUCCUUGGCGCAUUUAUUGCUGGAGCUAGGGACUUGUCUUUUGACUCAUAUGGUUAUGCUGUUGUUCUCUUAUCCAAUGUUACGACGGCAAUAUAUCUCGCAACUAUUGCUCGUAUUGGGAAGUCAAGCGGCUUAAAUAGUUUCGGUCUAAUGUGGUGCAAUGGAGUAAUAUGUCUACCAAUUUUGCUCUUCUGGACAACUUUCCGGGGCGAUUUGACAGCAACGUUUAAUUUUCCUUAUCUUUAUUCCCCUGGCUUUCAGGCUGUGAUGCUUCUUUCCUGCAUUAUGGCGUUCUUCUUAAACUACUGUAUAUUUUUGAACACAACUCUCAACUCAGCAACCACACAGACUAUAUGUGGGAAUAUGAAGGAUCUCUUUACCAUCGGACUUGGAUGGAUCUUAUUCGGUGGCCUUCCGUUUGAUUUUUUCAAUGUUCUUGGGCAAUUUCUUGGUUUCCUCGGCUCCGGAUUGUAUGCCUACUGUAAGCUUAAAGGGAAGUAGCAGAAUUUUUGGUCCUUGCUUAUAUUCACAGAUUUAUUUUACUUGGUUGGUAUCUGCCUUCAUGCAUCAAAUUUUGGUUCAACACCGUCUUUUCUAUUUGCCUGUAAUGAAAAGCCUCUGCAGAAGUACACCCACCAAUUAUUUUGCUUUCUUCACUCGUGUAAAAUUUUUGGACGGUCAAAAUGAAAAUUUGGAUCAUGGGCAUUUCAGGUGCUUGAUUUUGCCGAUGCUAAUUGAGAUUUAUAACACGUAGGCUGGCACAGUAAUUUAUUUUGACUGAUCCUGAAAAAUGAAGUUGUAGAGUUGUAAGAUUAAAUCUAAGAUGUACUAGGCUCAAUUCUGUUUUUCUCAGUUUUUAUUUCAUUACAGUAUAUAAUCUAUUAAUAUUCUUAAUGUAUUUUAUUUCCCCUCUUAAAA